UUUUACGUUCGCAGUAUACCUAAUCGGCAGUUCAAUCGAUGGUAUUGACUAGUGGCUUUCUAAAAUGUUAGUAGUGUUUCAGAUAAUUGGUAAUAUAUUUUAUUAUUUAUUAAAAAACAAGCGUUAUUACCACUUUGCUUAAAACAGUGAAUUUAUUAAGGUGAUGGAAUAGUAACUAAUUUACAUAGAAAAAAAUGAGGGGUGAAACGACCAGUUUCUUCCAAAGGCUCCCCAGUAGUGAAAGUAGCCCUGAUACUAAAAGUGGUAAUGAUGAUAAAGUUAGUUUUGCUAUUGGUACGAGGGCAAUGCCUGUCUUACCAAUUAAAGACAAGUUAAAAGCUGAAGAGUUGGAUGUAAACGAGGUUAGUAAAAGCAAGCCUACAAACGAUACUUCGUCACCUCAACUUAGCAAUUAUGGCAAUGGAGACAACGUUUCGAUCACAAAUAGUGAAGUUGUUCUUAGAAAUCCAGCGGCUGGAAGGCAACUUUACCAAGAUAACCAUAAUAAUUUCAUAGAAUCACCUAGAACAAAUAGUUUGAGGCAUGCGCAUUCCACCUCCGAUUUAAUAAGGAUAAAGCAUGGUAAAAAUAAGGAUUCUAGGGAGAUGGUACUUCCAGUAUGUGCUAACAGGCCAAGGAGUCCAUACCAUAUUAGCCAUUCACAGUCGUGUAAUGGUCUAUGCGUACCAGGUCACUAUGGAAGUAUCACCAAUCUUAAUAGACUCUCAACCCCUCAGGAACAUUUUAUGCCAUAUGUACCAGUAGAAAGAGUUGGAAGUGUGACGUUUCAAAAUGAGGAAUAUUAUCGAAAGGCUUUAACUUCACAACUUAGCAGCAGUUCUAACCAUCACCAUAAGCUACCCAGUUUGCCAGAAGCAAAGAAAGAAAUGUUUACUGAUAUUUUGACGGAAAGUUUAAGUAUAAUCUACGCCUUAUUAAUAGUAACCUUGGGAGUAUCCUUAUAUCUAAUAGAUUAUUUGGCACUAAAUUCUGAAGGAAUUCAUCUCUUAUCUGAGGGCUUCAGUCUUACCGUUUUAGGCCUAGCAUUAUCAUAUUUAAUGUUUUUAAACAUAGAUAUAAUGAUCUAUAAUUACAAGAAGCGCAAGUUUGAAAAACUAAUGGAAACGAUUCAGCCUGAGCAUAUGGAAAUUAAGGAAACAGAUGAAGGAGUUGUUUACGAUCCUAUGGUACAUAAGGCUCUUACUUUAAGGAAAAAACUUGAUCAUAGUUACUGUUUUAACAAUGAUAGACAUUCCAGUAACUUUUAUUUAAAGAUUGGAGCUGCAGGUUUUUGUUUGGGACAUCUAAUUCACAGCUUUUUGAUCCUUACCUAUCGAGGAGUCGUCUUAAACGAAAACACUGGCGAGUGUUUGAAUGUUCUUACCUUCGUUAUUGAAAUUGCUUAUCCUAUUUACUCUAUUAUACUAUUGUUUUUUAUCUUUAAGUACUCUAAUGUUAUUAUCAAUAAAAAUCGAGAUUUCCAUCGUUUUGGUUUCAUGCAUUGUCUGGCAUCUAGCUUAUGUUUUUGGCUUUGGACCAUAUUCAGAGAAACCGCUGAAUAUAUUCAGAACUCCAGAUAUCCUACAAGUGAGGAAAAUAAUACUGUUACUCAGGGUAUGUUAAUACUUUUUAUUAGAGAGAGUGUAAAGAAAAAUAAUUCAUUGAACUUUUUUGUAGAAUACGUUAAAGUUCGUAUGAUUACUCCGUUCAGAUUUACCGGCAUCUGUGAACACGAUGAACUGAACGUGAUCUAUCAAAACUUUUCGCCAUAUCUCUAUCCCUUUAGUGUCGAAUAUUCGAUUUUAGUCGUUGGCAUAAUUUACAUUGUAUGGAUUAACAUCGGACUAUGUGCUCCAAAAGAAAAUGAUCAUGACGAACAUCAUCAUGGAGAAGAUACUAGAGAAUGCAAAAAUGAGCGGCGAGCUUCUGAACCAGAGAGUAACGUCACAAUACAUGCAGACUGUCACGCGUCAAAUAAAGGAUUGUUUGGUGGUUUUAUAAUAUUGGUCUUCUCGUUGCUUAGCGUUAUUUUAUUUUUUAUCACCUACUAUAAUGAUGACAAAACUUCAGAUCUAGCAAGUACAGGUCUAGCAAUCACUCAAGCUACCAGCCUUGUGGUUAUUAUUUUAAUGAUAAUAGCAGUGACUUUUGCGUACUUUCAAAUGGUUAAGCUAGAUGUCAACUCCGAAGCUCAUAACUCUCUUGAUAACUUUUUAUGUUUAAUGUGUUUACCAGCAUUCUUUGUUCAAGGCGCAUUUAGUAUUAUUGCAGGGGCAGUAUUCGGUAACGUACUGGCUGUAAUAGAAAAUGUUUUUGAGAUUAUCCAAGUGGUUAUUCAAACACCUUUUAUUAUGGAUGGUAUGUCAAGAAGUAGUAACACAAAAGAACUGAGGAAGAAAAAGCCUGGCAGAGAGUUUGUUACUUUUCUAGUAAUCUGCAACGUUGCUUGCUGGCUAAUGAUGACGUUUGAGGUAAAAGCCCAUGGCUUGGAUCAGUACAGGCAAGAUUUUUAUGGAAAAGAAUUGUGGAGUAUUGUAGGGCAUAUGUGCUUACCACUAAUGAUGUUUUAUAGAUUCCAUUCUUCAGUAUGUAUUGGAGAUAUUUGGAAGUACGCCUAUAUGCCGUCUGGACAUUGAUUUUAUUAAAUUUUAAUUUAUAAAAUUAAGAGAUGUAAAUAUAUUAAAGUAUAGAUUGAUUAUUUAAGAA